AUGAUAACGCUUUUCGUUUGUGCCUUGUGGGCGCCCGGCCAAUACUCUCAAGAGAAGCAUGAUGGGCCCGCCUGCGGGCGCUACGAGCUGCAGCAGCUGCUGGAGAUGUUUGAAUCCGUGGACUCCAACAGUGAUGGGACCAUUUCCUUGGAGGAGUGGAAGAAGGGCUUUGCCCUUGCGGAUGGAGGCAAGACCGCAGCAUGGGCCGAGGAGGCUUUCCUGGCUCUGGAUACAGAUGGCUCUGGCGAGAUCGACUACAGCGAGUUCUUGGCCGCGGUGAUGGACUCGAAACACCUUGAGCGCCGGGAUCUCUUGUGGGCUACCUUCCAGGACUUUGACCAGUCCAACACGGGAAGCAUCUCCAAGGCCGACCUCCGCAAGAUUCUGCACGGUGGAGCAGUGAAGGGCAUUUGGCAAGCAGACAAGCGCAAGGACCAUGUCGAUGACCUCCUGGCGAAGGUGGAAGCGACGGGCUCGGGUGAGCUGUCAUUCGACAGCUUCAUGGAGCUUUUGCAGCUGAGCUAG